AGAGGCGGAGUCAGCGGCGUGGGGAGCCAUGGGUCAGCCCGCCAAGGUUUUACAGCUCUUUAAAACACUGCACAGGACCAGACAGCAAGUUUUUAAAAAUGAUAAGAGAGCAUUGGAAGCAGCCAGAGUAAAGAUAAAUGAAGAAUUCAAAAAACAUAAAAACGAGACAUCUCCAGAGAAAAUAAAAGAGAUGAUGAAACUAGGUUCUGAUGUGGAAUUAUUGCUCAGAACAGCUGUUAUUCAAGGAAUUCACACAGACCAUGACACACUGCAACUGGUCCCCAGGAAAGAUCUUCUCACAGAAAAUGUGCCGUACUGUGAUGCGCCAACCCAGAAGCAGUAAAGCUUCCAGGAUAAACCCAUCUCUGCUCCUUCCCACUUUAAAUACAUACCUGGCAACGGUCCUGGACAUGCACAUGUUUCUCUCUGAAGCGCACGUUGCAAAUGAGCGACAGGCUGAGGGCUACAGAGGAGAUAGACAUGCCUUUCACUGACAUGGGCAACUGAAGGCCUGGGGAGGCAGGACGCUCCUCUCUUUCCCUUUGGUAGGUCUUUUGGUCUUCCAAAGCUGUUUGCCAAUGAAGCACCUUACCAAAUUGGUGACUUUUCAUCUCAUGGGACAUACAUAGCUAAAUAUAAAAUGCUACAUUAAAUUGAUGUUUAAUCCCCAAAAUAUUAAGUUGGUAAAAAAUUAACAUUUUUCUUCCAGCUCUCGUCUAAAAGCAGCCAUUGUUUCCCAAAGUCCCGUGGUUAUUUUUGCGGCUAACAAAUAAUUAUGUAGUGUAUUUCUCUGCAUUCUUACAAAGACAACGUUCCCCUUUUUGUUUUGUAUGUAUGGGUGUUUUGCCUGCUUAAAUGUCUAUGCACCAGGUGUGUAUGCAGUGCCGUGCCUGCAGAGGUCAGGAGAGGGAAUUGGAUCCCCUGGGACUGGAGUUAUAGAUGGUCAUGAGUUUCCUAGAAGAACAGCCAGUGCUCCAAAGCACUGAGCCAUCUCUCUAGCCCCAUGUAAAGACAUUAGAUAGAUGAAAUAUCAAAGUCACUCUGGGUCACUGUAGUGGCCCUCUGUCAGAUGGCUUGUGGUCUUUGUAGACUGCUGUGAAAUGCUAUAGAUCUCUCUCUCUCUCUCUCCCUUUCUCCCUCCCUCCCCCCUCCCCACCUCUCUUUUGAGAUAGGGUCUCCCUGUGCAGUCCUAGCCUUGAACUCUAAGAUCCACUUGCCUCUGCCUCCCCAGUGCUUUACAUAAUUUGAUCUCUAGUGUUCCAAAUAAAUAAUAGUAAUAAUAACAAUUGGAUUUUAUCAAAGUUAAAAACAUUUACAUAACGAUUAGUGAACAAUUAUAGAUGAAAUAUCUGUCAUAUAUAUGAUGAUUCUAUAAAACAUAUGUUACCAGGUAUGAAAAAAGAGUUAUCAGACUAUAUAAAGGACUUCAAAUAUUCGAAAGCAAGCAGGGGCUGAGAUGGCUCAGAGGUUAAGAACUCCUGCUGCUAGGACCUGAGUUCAGUUCCCAGCACCCUUUCAGGUAACUCGAAGCUGUCACUCCAUUUCCAGGGGAUCCUGUGCACUCUACUGGCCUCUAAGGGCACUGCAUUUACAUGUAUAGACUCAAACCAACAGUGACACACAGAUGCAUAAUAAAGGAAUCGUAAAACAAGCAACUCAACUACAGAGAAGUGAUUUCCUGUUUAUUGGUGCCUUGCUGCUUUGUGUGUCAGCUUACUACUUGCAUGCCUGGUGCCCACAGAGACCCCAUAAAGGUUGUCGGAUACCUUAGAACUCCUCUCUUACAAAGGGUUGUGAGCCGCCGUAUGGGUGCUGGAAAUUGAACCUCGGUCAUCUGGAACAGUGUUUCUUAACCACUCAGCCAUCUCUCCAGUCCCUCAACCCAACUUUAAAAGUAAUAUUUGAACAGAUGCUUCAUCAAAAAAGAUACAUGGAAGCUGUCAGGGUUGCCAGUUUUGGAACCCACAGGAUGGAACGAGAGAACCAAAUUCUGCAAGUUCGUGCUUCAUGCACACACAAUCACAGUUUUGAAUUUUUUAUUUUUUGGUCUUUUGAAACAGGGUUUCUUUGUGUAGCUUUUUCUGUCCUGAACCUCACUCUGCAGACCAGGGUGACCUCAAACUUACAGAGAUCUCUGCCUGCCUCUGCCUCCCAAGUGCUGGGAUUAAAGGCAUGCGCCACCACGACCUAGCUUAAGUUUUCUCUUUUAGAUCUUAUAUUUAUUUGUAUGAGUGUUUUGCCUUCAUGCGUUUUUGUGUGCCACUUGCAUCUCUGUUGUAUUACAGAUGGUUGUCAGCCAACAUGUGGGUGCCAGAAAUGUCACUAAGGGUCUUGGCAAAAGCACUAAGUGCUCUCAACUGCUGAGCCAUCUCUCCAGCCACAUUUUUUUUUUUUUUUUUUUUUUGAGACAGGGUUUGUCUGUGCAGCCCUGGCUGUCCUGGAACUCACUUUGUACACCAGGCUGGUCUCGAACUCAGAAAUCCGCCUGCCUCUGUCUCCUGAGUGCUGGGAUUAAAGGCGUGCACCACCAUACCUGGCUACAAAUUUUUAAAGAUAUGCAAAUGACAGAUAUAGUGUGAGAAGUUGCUAGUACAUUAACAGGCACUAGGAAUUAAAAUCAUAGUGACAUAGUUAUGUGUCUAUUAGAAUGGCCGAAAUCUGGAUGGUUGACAAUAUCAAGUAUUGGCAAGGAUAUGACUUUUCUGAGACAGGGUCUCACUGUGUAGCCUUGGCUAGUCUGGAACACAUUAUAUAUUUUUUUCCUUAUUUUAUCAAAUCCCUAAAUUAUCCAUCAUCCUAUUGGCUCAGGACAGAUUCAAGUUUUAUUGUGAUGGUUGUUUUUGCACUGCUGUGAUAAAACAGGUGAAGAAUAACUUACGGGUUUGUGUUACAGCAUGAUUUCAUUCCAAUACCUUAAGGCGACACCUUAACAAAACAUGGUGGCAGACAGGAAACACUUGGCUAACUAAGCCUGGCAGGGAGUGGGUGGGCAGGCAUAAUGUUAAAAUGACUGUUUCUAGUGACCUACUUGUGCCAAUCAGGUUCCACCUCCUAAAGGUUCCACAUGCUUCAAAAUAGCCCUAUGAGCUGGGGGAAAUAAAAACAAAAAACAAAACUGUGGGAGA